AAACACAGCAAGACCUAUGUCUUCCCAUCUCUUGGCCACAGCCAGGCUAUGUUGCCGGCGUGGGGGGAAUGUGCGACCGGUGUAUGGGUGGCACAUGACGGCGGGUGGGCCGCAAGCAGCUCUUGCGGCAUCAAUAGGCGCCAGGGCAUCUUAUCAUAAGACAGCUACAGGUCCUGUCGGACUAGCAGUGAACCCGAAUGCCCGCGAGGACUUCAUCAAGCAACAGAAGGAGAUAUUGGAGAAAAUAGAGCGGUUCCCCCCCGAGGCCGAGUACAGGAAAGUGCUCACGUCCAUCGCCAGCUACCGUCUCGCCAAGGCGGAGGAAAUCGAGGAUCCGCGAGCCUUGGAGGAGGCCCUGGACGACGGGCAGUUGGAGGAACUGCUGGUGCAGGGCGAGAACGAGUUGAUGUUGAUGGAGGACUACAAGGAAUGGAAGUAUUGGGAAACGGAGGAGGUGAAGGCGGCCUUUCGGGAUUAAAGGAAAAGCAGGGGAAGAAAAGGCAGGGGCGGCAGGGGAAGUGGGGGAUGGUAAGCAUUUGCCAGACGGGGCGGAGGAGAGAGGAAGGAGAGAAGGGCAGGAA